AGCACCGCCCCCUGCCCCAUCUCGGCCGGACCGUGGUAGGUGGCGUCGCGCGGCCGUGGCUCUGGAGGCGGCUGGGCCGCUGCUGCUGGACCGGCUUCGCUGAGUGUCAUGGAGCCCGAUCCUGAUCCCGGGCCCGAGGACGGGGCAGCCUCCCCCGAGCCCCUGCACUUCCAUGGCGACGAGGAGAUCAUCGAGGUGGUGGAGCUGGGUCCUGGCCCGCCAGACCCCGCAGAUGACCUGGCCCAGGAGAUGGACGGAGUGGACUUUGAGGAAGAAGAGGAGCUGGAGGGGGAGGGGGCUGACGAGGCCUGGGGGGACGAGGCGGACGAGGGUGUGGAUGGUGGCAUGGAGAGCCCCGACGACAGCGAGGUUACUUUUGCCCAUCACUCAGCCUCUGUGUUUUGUGUGAGCCUGGACCCGAAGACCAACACUCUGGCGGUAACGGGGGGCGAGGACGAUAAAGCCUUUGUGUGGCGGCUCAGUGACGGGGAGCUGCUCCUGGAGUGUCCCGGUCAUAAGGACUCUGUAACGUGUGCGGGUUUCAGCCAUGACUCUGCCCUGGUGGCCACUGGGGACAUGAGUGGCCUACUCAAAGUGUGGCAGGUGGACACCAAGGAGGAGGUUUGGUCCUUUGAAGUGGGGGACCUGGAGUGGAUGGAGUGGCACCCUCGUGCACCCGUCCUUUUGGCAGGCACAGCUGAUGGUAACACCUGGAUGUGGAAGGUCCCUAGUGGUGACUGCAAGACCUUCCAGGGACCCAAUUGUCCAGCCACCUGUGGCCGAGUCCUCCCUGAUGGGAGGAAAGCCGUGGUUGGUUAUGAAGAUGGCACUGUCCGGAUCUGGGACCUGAAGCAGGGAAGCCCCAUCCACAUACUCAAAGGAACCGAAGGUCACCAGGGCCCACUGACAUGUGUGGCCACCAACCUUGAUGGGAGCCUGAUUCUCACUGGUUCUGUGGACUGUCAGGCCAAGCUGGUCAGUGCAGCCACCGGCAAGGUGGUAGGUGUUUUCAGACCAGACACUGUGGGUCCACAGCCUAACCCUGGGGAGGAUGAAGAAAGUGAAUCCAAUUCAGUGGAAUCCUUGGGCUUUUGCAGUGUGAUGCCACUGGCUGCCGUUGGCUACCUUGAUGGGACCUUGGCCAUUUAUGACCUGUCUACACAGAGCCUGAGACACCGGUGCCAGCACCAGUCAGGCAUCGUGCAGCUGCUGUGGGAGGAGGGGGCAGCAGUGGUGUAUACCUGUAGCCUUGAUGGAGCUGUCCGGCUCUGGGACGCUCGAACAGGACGCUUGCUGAAUGAUUACCGAGGCCACACAGCUGAGAUCCUUGACUUUGCUCUCAGCAAAGAUGCCUCCCUGGUGGUGACCACAUCUGGAGACCACAAAGCCAAAGUGUUCUGUGUCCAGAGACCUGACCGUUAGCAGAGACUCCUGU